GGGCGCCAAAGCGGGGACGUGACGGGACGGGACGGGACAGCUUGGGAGAGCAAGGAAAGGAAGGAUAGGAAGGUAGGUAAGAAUACGGAACGUGGCCUGCUUCUUUCUACAGACCAGGAUCAAGGCCGUCUCUCGUCCUUCCCUGAAGUGAUUUGUGUUCAUCUCCUGGCAAGUGUGAAUUGUGGAAUCCUCCUGGGGGGUAUUACCAUCCAACAAGCGAAUCUUCUCAACUUCCUGUAAACUUCCUGGUAGGAAAAUGAAGCAACAUUUUAACACUCGCUUUAAUACUGGUGAUUCAAAACCUCUCUCUAGAACUGCUGCUGAUAGUCCUGCUGCUGCCGCCCUGGUUUUCCCUUCUCCUCUCCGCUGGCAUAUUCCUGCUUCAUUUGGACUUUAAACUCACAGGGCUUAGAGUAUUCCGGCACCGUGCUGGAUCAUCCUGUCAAUGGCCUUGUCAGACCAAAGUCUCCUAAAAACCAAGGCCUUGCCAUUGGCCAAUGGUCGGUCCAGCCCAUCCAGGAUGGGGGAGGCCUUGGGAGCAAACAAGACCACAGAAAUGACACAACUUUGGACUUUGGAAAACCUUAGGAAAUGCUAGGAUAAAUGAUGGUUCCACUUUGAAAGUAAUGUACAUAUUUGAUCUUUAAUCGCAGUAUUUCACAUGAGGUGUGCUUGGCUAAAGGCUUAGCACAGUGCGACACAGCAAAUGCAAGUAUAUCGUUUAUCCUGGAUGAGAUGAGUAAAGUAUUUCUAUGAAAAUGAAUUAUCGUCACAGUUAUCCAAACCUUUAAUGCCUGUUAUGUGUUUCGUUUUCCUUUUUUGCAACUCUAUUGUUCCACGGCGUGACAAAGCAGGCUCCGCCCAUUUGUCCGCCCCCUGUGGUCCCGCCCAGGAUGAGCCUGAAAGGCGGGGGUAGAAAAUAAAAGGACUCCGUGUGUGGCGUGGGCAUCUUCAACGCCGAUUGGUCUCAUUUUGAGAACAUGUCAGACAAUGUGGAUUGUUUGAAAUUGUUUGCGUGUCGAAACAAUCAAACGACAGUUAGCGCAGGGUAAAAUUGAAGUCUAAGAAGACUAGUAGUUUUAUUCUGAAGGUGGGUUUGUGGAGUUCCGGUGUAGAGACGCCAUCGAACUCCGUGCGGCGAAUGGAGGAGGGAAGGUGUGUCUUGCCGGAGACGAGGAGACAAGGAGACAAGGAGAAAAGGAGAGGAUAUCAAUGAGGGAAACGUGGAAGUAAACAAGCCGGGCAGUGAAGAGACGAGCGGCGCCUGAGAGUCCAAACUUCCGGCUGAGGUUUGGGACGUGUCCGCUCACGAGGGCCGCGCCAUGGCAGCCCUGCGUCAGAGGAAGGGCAGCCGUGCGAAGGACCCCCCCUUGCCGCCUCCUGCGCACCUUUCCCCCCAGCAGGCCAACUGUUGCCCCCAGCAUCGUCACCCCGACGCCAUCUUGAAUGGUGAUUGGUCCUGGGGCGCCAUCAUGUGGACGUCGGUGGGCUGGUCUGUGUCUGUGGGCGUGGGUCUGCUGUGCUGCAUCUACGUGGCCACGCUGCAUGAGAACGACCUGUGGUUCUCCAACAUCAAGGAGGUGGAGCGCGAGAUCUCCUUCCGGACGGAGUGUGGACUGUACUAUUCCUACUACAAGCAGAUGCUGCAGGCCCCCUCCAUCCUGGAAGGAGUAUCUCAGAUGAUCUACGACAACCUGACAGAAUCCAAGCGUACCAUCAAUCUUCUGCACAGGAUGAACAUCUACCAGGAACUCUUCCUCAGUCUGCUCUACCGGCUGCUGCCCAUACAGUCCCACCUGGAGCCGGUGUAUUUCUACAUUUACACGGUGUUCUCACUGCAAGCCGUCUACGUGAUGGCGCUGUACCUCACAGCCUGGCUGCUGGCCGGAUCCUGGCACGCUGGCGCACUCACUGGCAUCUGGUACAUCCUGAACAGGGUGGACACCACGCGGGUGGAGUUCACCAUCUCGCUGAGAGAGAACUGGUCUUUGCCCUUCCUGGCGCUGCAGGUGGCGGCCAUCACCUGCUACCUGAGGCCGGGGCUCGGCAGGCUGCAGCAGAAGGUGAUGGUGUGGUUGAUGUACGUCAGCACCUUCUGCUUCAGCCUGACCUGGCAGUUCAACCAGUUCAUCCUGCUGGUCCAGGCCCUCAUCAUCUUCACGCUGGACUGCGUGGACCUGCUGACCCGCACGCAGGCGACCACGAUGUACCUGGUCCAGGUGGCCAGUCUGCUGAGUGUGUGGCUGCUCCAGUUCUUCAACGCCAUGAUCCUGGGAUCGCUGGUGCUCAGCUUCAUCCUGGCCGCCCUGCUGGUGCGACACUUCCAGCGCACUUUGAAGACAGGAAGCCUGCCGGUCCGUGUGGCUAAGCUCCUUCUCCACAGCACCAGCGUUCUUCUGCUCACCUUCUUCUUCAACGUCCUGACCAAGAAAGCGCUGCAGCUGCGAUCAGAUGAGCACAUCUUCAAAUUCAUCAAGUCCAAGUUUGCCUGGGGGCGGACGAGGGACUUUGAUGCCAGUUUGUAUCUGUGUGAGGAAGCCUUCGGCCCGCUGCCCUUGGACACCUUAAAGCGUUUGGCGAGCACCCUGCUGCUCUACCCGUACACCCUCACCCUGCUCGCCCUGCUUGGCAUGCUGGCAGCCUCCGCCCUGCGUAACCUCAGGCCACCAGGAGGCGCUGCUGGGAGGAUUCCAGCCCCAGAGGGUCAGGCUGUGGCGUUUCGUCCAGACGUGGCCUACAACGUGCUGCACACGCUCUUCUACGGCCUGCUGGCCUUCAGCACCAUGAGGAUGAAGUACAUUUGGACGGGUCACAUGUGUGCCGUGGCGGCGUACGGCGUGUGCGGGACGGAGGUGUGGUCUCUGCUUCUUCACGCCAUACGGUGCUACAGCCGACGUGUGGUGAGACUCGUCAGGUACGCUCUACCUCUGACCAUCAUGGCCUUCCUCUAUUACAAGUUCUGGCCCAAGUUGGUGGAGGAGCUGUCAGACCUGAGAGAGUUCUAUGAUCCUGACACUGUGGAGCUCAUGACCUGGAUUAGCGCCAACACGCGUGAGCGUGCGGUGCUGGCAGGAAGCAUGCAGCUGCUGGCCGCCAUCAAGCUCUGCACGGGAAGAAUCAUCACCAACCACCCUCACUACGAAGACAAGGACCUGCGAGACCGGACCCGGCAGGUGUACCAGGUGUACGCGCGGCGCUCCCCAGAGGACGUGUACGCCAUCUUGAAGGCGGUGGGGGCGGAGUACGUGGUGUUGGAGAACAGCAUCUGCUACGAGCGGCGCCACCAGCGAGGCUGCCGCCUGCGUGACCUGCUGGACCUCGCCAACGGACACAUCAUGGACGGACCGGGCCACAAUGAACCCGACCUGGUUGCCGCCCCCCACCCAAGGUUUUGCGACGCCGUGAAGACGGACUCUGCGGCGUACGGCACCUUGUUCAAACGAGCCUUCCAGAACAAAACAUUCCACGUGUACCGGCUCCGGAAGAACCUGAAGAAGUCCUGAAAGAGACCAGUCCUGGCUCGCUGGGAUUUAAGACGCUUUUACUCUUCAUGCCUCGGUGGUCACCGCCGGCGCCACCCACACGACCCCGCCUGCGCUGUGAUUGGACCAUCAUCACCGUCGGUGCUGGGACUCGGACAGUAUUCCAUUUGUCAACAUGGACUCAUAGACUGGUACGUCAGACGAGACUUGGUACGCAGUGUGGAUCUCACGGUGAUGAAUGAGGGCCCAGCGGACAUGCAGCACAUCCAGUAUCAGGCCCGCCAUGCGUCUUCAUCUAAACACCCAUAGACUCCCGCCGCAAGGCAUGCUGGGAAGCUCUUUCUGCCAACACUUUGCUGUGUUUGGCACAUUUAGGCUCGGUUGCUAAUUAUGUUGGCGUCGUGAGAAGUCAACAAUGGAGUUAGCUUAGUCUUGAUAUCCAACCUUUACCUAGCAUACCUUGAGGGCGUUUGGAAAUGUUUCUUCUAUGCAGUACUUACAUGUACGGCGUUGAUGCAGUACAUGCAUGUACUGCAUUUAUGCAGGGCCGGUGUGUUAGUAAGAAAAAGACGCCUGACGGUGCAAAGAAAUCAAGUUUAUUGAGGAAACGCAAAUCCAAACACAAAACUCUUCAAAGCUCAUCACUGGGAUGAUUUGUAGAAAAAUCUUUUUCUUUUUUAGAAGGUAGCAAGUCUCUGCUCGUCGUAAUCUUCCGCGUACUUUUAUUUACACACGAGGUCAAAACGUCCACCACGACACCAAAGAAGCUGCUAUGGUACAGGAAAGGAAAGUACUAACAUAAAUACUCCAACGUCCGCCUUGCAGCGGUACGCGGCGCCACGGAGAACUUCAUGGAUUCACGACACGUUCAUUUCUUCCUGGGGGUGUCACACGGGCUUGCAAGAUGAAAAGGGGGGGGGGGCAAUAUCUCGCCAUGCGUGUCGCUCUCCAAACUGCCAGGAAGAGCGCUCACUCUGAGCAGUUGUUCCACAGAACAACGGCACGAACGGAGUGAGCUGCAGUCUGUUUGUGUGGGUGGGUGUGGGCGGGGCCGCCAGCACACAGAGUGUACAAACGUAGAGGAAAUAACACAAGUAGAUAAGUACAACUUACUGUCAUAUUUUUUCUCUUCAAGUAAAAGUUGAAAUCUCAUCUGAUCACAUGACACCCGUUAUUGAUAACCUUUGAUUUCUUUGUAACCUCACUCAGAAUUAGCAUUAGCUCCUGCUAGCAUCAGCACCGUCACAGGAUCUCCGCCCUCAUCGUCUCACUCGGGUGGGACCAGCGAGUCAGGCACUUGAGAUGGUCAACACAAACUGGCGGGAGUGUGCGCUCGUCUGGCACAAUCUUUGCAGCUGGUGAAGCCUGUUUUCUCCUCUUCGCUGAUUGGAGCAGCGGGAGGCUCCUCCCCCCUCAUGUUUCUGAGCCCCGCCUCCCAUAGAGGACGAGGCUCGGUCUCCACGCUGCAAAAAGUCAUCGGGGAGGGCAUCGGCUUGGCGAGUUUUUGUAGUGGAAUCUCUGAGGUUAAAAGUGACGCCAUCACAUGACCAUCGGCGCACCCGGUAAGGUCUUUUGCUUUUUCUUUGGCUUUUGUGGGGGUUAAAAAGGAGGGGAAAUGUGAUGCUAACCAUAGGAGAGGAAAUGCGGUGGUUGACUUCUUUUUUCGCCUGCGUGACAGGAAUACGCCGGCGUGGGCCUUUGGAGGUUCCGCCGUCUGUGUACCUAAUGAAGUGGCCAUUGCGGGCAACCAAUCAGCGAAAGUCAGGCUAAACAUAGAAUUGUGGGCGUGUCUGAUGUGCCAAGUUGCUUUCACAUUUGAGGGACGACCCUCCACCAGGCGUCACCGUGGCCCCGCCCCCUCGUCCCGAAGGCAUCCAAGAUGGUGUCUGCAGGCGGUGGGGCGAGCGCAGGGGCGCGUCCCGACACGUUGACGGGCAGGCUCGUGUGCGUUUCCCGCCUUAAUGAACUGAUUGUUGGGAAACUGCCCUCCCCAUCCCCAAAAUGUCUUGAGUUCAAAGGUCGCUGGCCUCCGCCUGCUCGUACAGCGCUCUCAACUUCUCAAAGCGAGGCCCCCACUCCCCGAGUGUCUCCUCCCGCCGCCCCUCGACGCCCCCGUCCCCGCCGCCCCCCACGUCCAAACCCGCUGAGCUGAAGGAGCUGAGGGAGCCGGCCGGGGAGCCGCCCCCCUCAGUGGAGAACACCUGCAGGGAGUCGAAGGGUCCGGUGUCCGGGUGCUGGUCGGCGUCUCGGAUGAUCUCGCACAGAUAGCGGGCCAGGUCCUGGCUGGAGAAGGACAGCGAGCGGCGGGCCAGGCGCGAGGGCUGCACCUGGCCCUGGGCGGGGCAGUGGGCGGGGGGCACGUCCCGGCGCAGGCUGACGGACGAAGACGAGGCCGCCGACGGGGGCAGGGCGCCAGAGCUGGUAGUCCGGCUGAUGGAGUCCGGCGGCCGAGCGGAGGGCGGAGUAGGCGGGGCCUGGUGGAGCAAGUGGUGGUGGUGGGGCGGCGGGGGAGGGUGGUGCAGGGCCCUGGAGCGGCAGUACCGGAGCGACUGGGCCGGGCUGGGCUGGAGGGACUUCUGAAGCUCGGCCAUGUCGUAAGCGUUCUAGAUGCGGAGCAUAGCAUAGCUGUUAGCAAACAUGCUAACCCUGUUCCAACAAUGCACUGUGGUAGCUGCUAACUUAUGUAUGUAUGUAUGUAUGUGUGUAUGUAUGCAUGUAUGUAUGUAUGUAUGUAUGCAUCAUUCUAUGUGUCUAGGUAGGAAAUAUAGGGAUGUAUAUACACUAUAUAUGUAUCAAUAUGUGUAUAUGCUUGAAUGUAUUGAUGUAUCUUUCUAUGAGUGUAUGUAUCUAGACA